AUGGCGUCUCAUUUUUCAAAUGCCUCCGCGGGGGUUUCCGUCGCGGAGUUAUCAAAGUCCAAUGUCUUCACAACCAAGCUUCCCCCAGAUCCAGCAUUCGAGACCCCCGAAUCCUCCCAUGGAGCCCCAAGAGAAACCCUUGGUCCCCGCCUGGUGAAAGGCGCUCUAUAUACUUUUGUUCGCCCGGAAACAGCAGAGGAUACUGAGCUCUUAGGGAUUAGUCCUAAAGCAAUGGAUGAUCUUGGGCUGAAACCAGGGGAAGAACACACGGCUCAGUUCAAAUCGAUGGUUGCUGGAAACGAAAUCUUUUGGAGCGAACAGAAUGGAGGAAUUUACCCAUGGGCACAGUGUUACGGUGGUAAUGGCUCAUGGGCGGGGCAGCUUGGAGACGGUCGUGCAAUUAGUCUUUUCGAGAGCAUUAACCCUAAGACAAACGCCCGGUACGAGCUUCAACUUAAAGGGGCUGGAAGAACACCUUACUCGCGUUUCGCUGAUGGGAAGGCUGUUCUUCGAUCGAGCAUUCGUGAAUUUAUCGUGUCAGAAGCCCUUUAUGCUCUUGGCAUACCUACUACAAGAGCACUGUCCAUCACUUUACUGCCGAAGUCGAAGGUCUUGCGGGAGCGCAUUGAACCUGGGGCCAUAGUGGCUCGGUUUGCCGAAUCCUGGCUAAGAAUCGGAACCUUUGAUCUUCUACGUGCGCGUGGUGACCGAUAUUUGGUGAGGAAGUUAGCAACAUUUGUUGCCGAAGAUGUCUUUCAGGGCUGGGAAUCCCUUCCAGCAGCUGUAUCAUUGGGUAAAGAGCACCCUUCAGCCAUUGUGGAUACCCCUGCCACAGGUAUCUCCCCCAAUGAGAUACAAGAGCACCAAGGCAUCCAGGAAAACCGAUUUGCAAGAUUGUAUCGAGAGAUAGCUCGACGCAAUGCAAAAACCGUUGCCUCCUGGCAGGCAUAUGGUUUUAUGAAUGGCGUUCUGAAUACUGAUAAUACAUCGAUUUAUGGCCUGUCGAUUGACUAUGGUCCGUUUGCUUUUAUGGAUAACUUUGACCCUCAUUAUACGCCAAACCAUGAUGAUCAAUUAUUGAGGUACUCAUACAAGAACCAGCCUACCAUAAUUUGGUGGAAUUUGGUACGGCUCGGGGAAUCCUUAGGGGAGCUCAUUGGUGCUGGGGAUAAAGUUGACGAAGAAAAAUUCGUCAGGGAGGGGUUAACAGAGGAAUCUGCCCCUGCUGUCAUUAAGCGAGCAGAAGAUAUCAUCGAGCGAACGGGUGAUGAAUUUAGGGCCGUGUUUUUGACAGAGUAUAAGCGCCUCAUGGGCAGAAGACUUGGGUUGAAAACCCAAAAGGAAUCAGAUUUUCAGGAGCUAUUCUCGGAAAUGCUCGAUACAUUAGAGGCUCUGGAGCUUGACUUCAAUCAUUUCUUCAGGCGACUUUCUCAUGUGGCACUUACCGAUGUUGAGACUGAGGACCAAAGGAAAGAUGUAGCUCCUAUAUUUUUCCACAGUGAAGGGUUUGGUGGGGUUGGAUACACCGAGGACACUGCAAAGGAACGCAUUGGCAGAUGGCUCGAUAGCUGGAGACUUCGGGUUCUCGAGGAUUGGGGCCCAAGUAGCGACGAACAAAGACAGAAAGCCAUGAAAGAGGUUAACCCCAAGUUCCUUCCACGCGGAUGGGUUCUUGAUGAAGUGAUUGAACGUGUAGAACGCAAAGGAGACCGGGAUGUUCUUGGGCGUGUGAUGCAAAUGGCCCUAAACCCAUUCAAAGACGAAUGGGACUUGGACAAGGAAGAGGAGGAACGGUUCUGUGGUGAUAUUCCUAAAUACAAGAGAGCCAUGAUGUGCAGCUGCAGCUCAUGA